UCUCUCUCGUUUUCUAUAGUGUUGGGUUGAAAUCUCCUGUUUUUCGUUUGCGUUCUGUUGUCUGUCCUGUUUUUCCCUGCUAUCUUUUCUUUAUUGCUGGGUUGAAAUCUCCUGUUUUUCGUUUGCGUUCUGUUGUCUGUCCUGUUUUCCCCAGCUAUCUUUUCUGUAGUGUUGGGUUGAAAUCUCCUGUUUUUCGUUUGCGUUCUUUUGUCUGUCCUAUUCUUCCAUUUGGGUUUUUGAUGGGAAUUUGAAAUCUUCUUCUUCAUUCUUUUUUUGUCUUUUUGGUGUUUUUGCUCUGUUCUUGUAUUUGGGUUUUGUUUGGAAGUUCUCAGUAUCGUCUGUUUUUUCUACUUGGUUUCUGUUGUUUGUCCUGUUUUCCAUUUGGGUUUUGAUGGAACUUCAACAAUCUGUCUUCUUCUGUGGUUUUCCUCUCUAUGAUUUCAGCUCUUUUUUUACUACCUCCUUUUUUCUGCAUUGUGUCAUGAUGAAAAUUCAAAAUUAGAUAAUAAAAAAUCAUCUCCUUCUCUUUUUUUAUUUCAUCUGUUUCCCCGUUUUCUGCAUUUAUGGAGAAAUCUAAAACAAGCCAAAAUCAUCUGCUCUUUCGUUGACUUGCUCUCCUUUUCCCCAUCUGUGUUCGGUUUGAAACUCAAAUACCCUCUCUUCUUCUAUGUCUGUUGCAUUUUAAAAGCUUAAAAAUCCUUUCUUGCCUUCACUUGGGUUUGAUAGAGAACUUCAAAUCCUCCCCCUGCUUCUCUUCUCUUCAAAUUCAGCUCUUUUUUACUUGUGUGUAUUUGGUUUUCCAUGGAAAUCUUCAACAACGUCAAUGUUGCGGAAGCGCAGCUUCCACCCGGUUACCGAUUCCAUCCCACUGAUGAAGAGCUUAUAACAUACUAUCUCAUUAAGAAGGUCAUCGACAGCAGCUUCACGGGCCGAGCGAUUGCAGAAGUAGACCUGAACAAAUGCGAGCCAUGGGAACUUCCAAAGAAAGCAAAGAUGGGAGAAAAGGAAUGGUAUUUCUUUAGCCUCCGGGAUAGGAAGUAUCCAACCGGGCUUCGAACGAACAGAGCGACGGAAGCUGGGUACUGGAAAGCUACUGGAAAAGAUAGAGAGAUUUAUAGCUCAAGGACAGGAUCGCUUGUGGGGAUGAAGAAGACUCUGGUUUUCUACAAAGGGAGAGCUCCAAAAGGAGAAAAGAGUAAUUGGGUCAUGCAUGAAUAUCGCCUAGAAGGGAAAUUCUCAUAUCACUAUCUCUCUAGAUCAUCCAAGGAUGAGUGGGUUGUCUCGAGGGUCUUCCAGAAGACCGGCACCGGAAGUGGGAAGAAGGCGGCCCGCCUCUUCAGUGCUGGGACCUACUCCGACGUUGGAUCUCCAUCAUCGUCGUCCCUUCCCCAGCUGCUCGAUUCCUCUCCAUAUGGGCCGGCGGCGGCAGCAGCCGCCACCGACAGAGACAGCUGCUCCUACGAGAGCGAGAGCGCGAGGGAGCACGUACCCUGCUUCUCCACCACCGUCGCUGCCCCUGCGGGCUUCGAACACCAGCCGUUCGUCCCACCGUCGAUCAUCACUGAUCCGAUCGCCCGCCUUGGGAGGGCUGGAAGUGGGCCGGUGUUCCCGAGCCUGCGGUCGCUGCAGGAGAAUCUACAGCUGCCAUUCUUUUUCUCGUCUGUGGCGCCGCAGAUGCCGCCCCAGGCGAUGGUGUCAGGGGAACGGAAUGAGAUCGUGGGUGGCUGCAGUUUGGCUGGGAACUGGCCGGAGUCAUCGGAGCAGAAGGUGGAGAGGAGCAGGCAGCAGGUGCAGGUGGGGAGCACCGAGUUGGACUGCCUGUGGACGUACUGAAGAAAGGUAACUCGCGGUGGACUACCGAAGCCUGUGGGAUCACUGAAGAAACAUAGCUCGCAGAUAUCCCUCUCUUCGAAAAACUGAUAUUAUUACUCUUCUCAGCUUUGGUGUAUGUGCCGAAAAGAACCCUAUGCUUCUAACUAUUUACCAGUUUAAUGCUUGUAUUUUCGUUGA